GCGCAACAACAGUAUGUUUAACAGAGUGCGCCUAACAGCACACAUUAUGAAUUUUUCCUCAACCCGUAGGUACACACUGGCCAUCAGCUGUUUUUUGUCAAUCUCCGCCACAAUAAUUACGUAAAUUUCGGCAGACAACCAUGUCGCUGCUCCGCGCCAAGUACUACGACCAUCCCGAUGGGGAGGAUGCCUUUGGCAAGAUAGUGGCCACCAACAAGUACGCGGUAUCCGCCGGACUGGCCUGGUCCAUGUUCGACGUGCUGACGCUCUCCAAGCCCCAGGGCUACCUGCCCACCUUGGGCCGCUUCGCCUACAACACCGGUCCGCUGAUGGGCAUGGCCACGGCAUUUACUCUGACCACUCUGGCGGCCACAAAUGCCCGCGGCAAGGACGACAAAAUUAACUACCUUAUCGGUGGUUUCGCGGCUGGCGGCGUCUUUGGAGCCUGGAAACACAACCACGUAGCUGGUCUCUGCGCCGGUCUCUUCCUGGGCAUCGCUGGCGUCAUCAAGAAGAUGUCCAUUGAACAGGGCUGGGAGUUCUUCCCCGACACUCCUCUCAAGCAAUACGGUGGCCUAAACAUUGCCGAAAACGACUGGACCAUCAUGGCCGAUCGCCCCAAGAACUGGACCACGGAGAAGCCACAGGACCAGAAGGCGUAAAGUCUAGUUUCAUAUGUUUAGUUUAAUGGUGAUUCGAUGAGAGAAGGAUUCGGCCGUUUCCGUUUGCCUUUGCAACCGAAUAAAAGCUAAGUGAGAAGUGAUAAUGCCACCCCA